AUGACGGUCUUGGUGGGCAACCCCCUUAACUGGGCUAUCACAGCCACUGCCGGCUCUGGAUUCCUGUUGUUCGGCUACGAUCAAGGAGUCAUGUCCGGCCUCUUAACGGGAAGUGCAUUCACGAGGACCUUCCCCGAAAUCGACACCGAACGGGGCGGCAGUGCCUCUCUUCAAGGCACCGUGGUCGCCAUUUACGAGAUCGGUUGCUUCUUCGGUGCGAUCAUAUGCAUGCUGGUGGGCGAAAAGCUCGGCCGAAAAAAGUGCAUUGCGAUAGGGUGCAUCGUGCUGAGCAUCGGUGCUGCGCUUCAGGCAGCGUCGUUUGGCAUUCCGCAGCUGAUUGUUGGCCGCAUUGUGGCGGGCUUGGGAAAUGGGAUGAACACCAGUACUAUACCUGUGUGGCAUUCGGAGCUGAUGAAACCGAGCAGUCGCGGCAAAGGCCUUUGCAUUGAACUCGCAAUCAAUAUCUUCGGAGUCAUGCUUUCUUACUGGGUGGACUACGGAAUGAGCUUUGUUGAAAACGACGCCCAGUUCCGUUUCCCUCUGGCCCUGCAGAUUGCCUUUGCUUUGAGCACCCUGUUUGGCAUUCUUGUUCUUCCGGAGUCCCCGCGAUGGCUCAUUGCGCACGACCGGCAGGAUGAAGCGAGGCAAAUCCUAUGGGCAGUUCAGCCGAACGCUCAGGCUGUGGAUAUCAAUGACUCACGGCUGAACGAAAGCCUCAACGAAAUUCAGCGGGCAAUUGAGGAAGAGCGCGAAGCCGCGGCAGGCGGCAGCUACAAGGCUUUGAUCAAAAACGGCGCGCAGAGGUUCCGCUACCGGACUCUCUUGGGCAUUGGCGGUCAAUUUAUGCAGCAGAUAUCGGGGAUUAACCUUAUCACAUACUAUGCGCCGGUCAUCUUCCAGCAAUCCGUGGGACUUCCACACAACACCUCCCUUCUGCUGGCUGGGUUCAAUGGUGUUGCUUACUUCCUGUCCUCCCUGAUCCCUAUCUGGAUUAUCGACCGCCUAGGUCGGAGGAAGCUCAUGCUAUUUGCUGCCGCCGGACAGUGUGCAUGUAUGGCGAUUCUGGCAGGCACUGUGUCCGAUGGAAGCAAAGCGGCAGGAAUCGUCGCCACCGUCAUGCUCUUUCUCUUCAAUUUUUUCUUUGCAGUUGGACUUCUUGCUAUCCCAUGGCUGUUGCCGGCUGAAUACGCGCCCCUUGCCAUUCGAACACGCGCUGCCGCCCUCGCUACGGCCUCCAACUGGAUCUUUACCUUUCUCGUGGUGGAAAUCACGCCAGUCAGCAUCAAUAACAUCCAAUGGCGGACCUAUAUCUACUUUUCUGUCUUCAACUUCUGCUUCCUGCCUCUGAUCUACUUCUGCUACCCGGAAACCCGACAUCUCUCGCUGGAGCACAUUGAUCGACUGUUUACAGGAGAGAAGAUUCUGCUGCAUUGGAAGGAGAGCAUGGGUGAUGGUGCAGGCCCUGAUGUGUUUAUUUCGACUGACGUUUCCGUCAAGAAUGAUUCUGAAACGGGAGAUGGGGGAAAGGUGUAG